GGGGACGCCGGCCGGGGCGCUUGCUGGGGAACCGCUGUUGUCGCCCCGCCCUCGGGCUGCGGUCCCGUUAACCGUCCGAGUGCGGGGCUCCGGCGACAUGCCGGUGCGCUUCAAGGGGCUGAGUGAAUACCAGAGAAACUUCCUGUGGAAAAAGUCCUACUUGUCGGAGUCCUAUAAUCCCUCCGUGGGGCGGAGGCACCCAUGGGCUGGGCUUAGAUCAGAUCAGUUAGGAAUCACAAAAGAGCCAAGUUUUAUUUCAAAAAGAAGAGUCCCUUACUAUGAUCCUCAGAUUUCAAAGUCUCUGGCGUGGAAUGGAGCCAUCUCAGAGAAGGAUGUGGCUGUGUUGCCAGAGCCCGAAGCCCUGGAGGCACCACAGGCACCGGAGGCACCGGAGGCAGAGCAAAGAGAAGACGUUACCCACGACGGGGUGCUUGCGCCGGACGCCGCCAGGGUGCCCAAGAGGUCUCACUCUGCGGACCCCGGAGCGGAAGGGGCUUCCGACACCAUGGAAAAUAAGGAGCAUGUCGUAGCAAACCACACACCAGUUAAUGAAAGUGUGGACCCGGAACGUUCUACCAAGCUUCUCUCAGAAAACAUAGAUAAUGGGUUGGAUAGACUCCUGCGGAAGAAGGCUGGAUUGUCUGUUGCUCCCUCCCACGGUGUGCUGAGAAAUUCUGAGUAUCAAAGGCAGUUUGUGUGGAAGACCCCUGAAGAGACCGCUGCAGCCUUUGCAGCCAGUCAGGUUUUCCACAAUAAAAGCAAAUUUGUUCCACAAUUCAAAAGUAACUCAAUCAUCCAUGAAACUGAAUACAAAAGAAAUUUCAAGGGUUUAUCUCCAGUGAAAGAACCAAUAUUAAGAAGUGAUUUGAAAGAGAAUGGAAAUUUUGAAACAAUAUCUCCUGAAAAGAAGUGUAAUAAAACAGAUGAUCCUUUAAAAUUAGAAGCAGAGAUGGGAUCAAAAGACUCAAACCAGCCUAAAAAAAAGCUUACUCCUUGGAGACAUCAAAGGCUUGGGAAGGUGAAUUCUGAAUAUAGAGCAAAGUUUCUGAGCCCAGCCCAGUAUUUAUACAAAGCUGGGGCUUGGACCCAUGUGAAGGAAAACGCACCCAAUCAGGGUUCUCUAAAUGCCAUGUGGUAUGCGGAGGUUAAAGAACUCCGAGAGAAGGCCGAGUUUUAUAGGAAACGAGUUCAGGGAACACAUUUUUCUCGGGACCACCUGAAUCAGAUUCUGUCUGAUAGCAACUGCUUUUGGGAUGUCUCCUCGACCACGAGCUCAGAAGGAACCAUUAGUAGCAACAUCAGAGCACUGGAUCUUGCGGGAGAUCCUACAAGCCAUAAGGCUUUGCAGAAAUGUCCUUCUGCAAAACUAGAAGGAAAAAAACCUGUCUUGGACGACCAGCCCCAGAAAAAUGCCACGGAGAAAUUGGGUGUGUCAGAGGCACCCACCGUACCUGUUAGGAGGCGUCUGGCCUGGGGUGCAGAGGACACCAAUGAGGACACACAGGAGCAGCCGAGGGAGGAGGCGGAGGAGGCGGAGGAGGAGGAGAGGGCAAGGGACAAGCAGGUUUCUACAGCAGAGCCAGAGAAGUCGGAAGAACAUGAGAAGUCUGAGGCCGACGAGAUGAAGGAAGGGUCGGACUCUUCUGUCUCCUCGGGAAGAGGAGGCCGGCUUCCCACUCCAAAGCUGAGAGAACUUGGUGGGAUCCAGAGGACUCACCACGAUCUCACCACCCCGGCUGUUGGUGGUGCUGUUUUAGUGUCUCCAUCCAAAGUGAAGCCUCCAGUCCCAGAACAGAGGAAAAGAGUGCCCUCUCAGGAUGGCUUAGAAAUGGCAAAGAGUGACUUUAGGAAGAAAGAAAGUCAUGCUCUGUCUCGGCUGACUUCUCCGGCUGCUGGUAUCAGAACAGUUGACCCCCUGCCUUUGAGGGAGGAUUCUGACUCUGACGUCCGCAGACUUGCUGCGGUAGCUCAUCCGGUCUCACCAGUCCCAGACUACCUAGCACAGUCCCCCGGGCGGCCUCCUCCUCCACCCUGUGCUCUGUCCUACUGGCAUCCCUCGAGGCGCAUUCAGGGCUCUCUGAGAGACCCAGAAUUCCAGCACAAUGUGAGAAAAGCAAGGGUGAACAGUUUCCAGUUACCUCAGCGUGAAGCCUUUAACGAUGAAGAUGAGGACAGAUUAUCUGAGAUUUCUGCUCGCUCUGCAGCUUCUAGUCUCCGGGCGUUUCAGACUCUGGCACGAGCUCAGAAAAGGAAGGAGAAUUUCUGGGGCAAAACGUAGUUAAACAUACACCUGUUUGAGUUGCUUUUUUCUGGGGAACCACUGGUAUAAUUUUUCUUUAUUGCUUUGCUAUGUUAAGACUUUUCAAGGGUUUGGGUUUUUUCUAACAUUUCCUACUUUAAAAGAUUUGUUUGAUUUUUUUCAGUAGCCAAUUUAGCUUACUUGGAAAAUUUUAACACAGGUUCAUACAGGUUUAACUUUUAAAGAGUUCUUUUUACAUCUGCGCCAGAGUGCAAAGACGUAGAUUGUGUAGUUAUUCACGUGUGCUGGCUUUUGUGGCAGGGUCAGGGUUGCUGGAGGGGUUGUGGAAUUCACCCAUCCAGCGAAUAUUCUAAAACAGGAACACAGUGAAGUGAAAAAGAAGAUCUGCGUGUAAAGUGUACGUUCCCCUAAGAUUGAUUCUCUGUAUCUUUAUAAUUGUAGAUGUCAUAAAAUGAAUUUCUCAUCAUUUAACUUUUGCUGUAGUGUCUCUUUUGGCUCUAGUACCUUCAGAUGUGGUCGCAGUGUUAAGAUAAUUGUAUUUUAGAUUGAAAAUACCAGCUGUAUAUAUUUCUGUUAUUUAUGUAACAAAGUUUGCUGAGAGAAUAUGUAUAUUUUUUGAUCUUUGUGUGUAUUCUAUUUGUAUAAGGACUUUGGCUUACAUUUGAAUAAUGUCUGAAUUUUGAAAAAUUAUUUGUAUAAUGGAGAAUUAAAACUUUGUAGACAUUUUGAAGUAAAAAAUUGAUCAGGUGUU